AUGUUUGAUUUGAAGAAUACUGCUGGAUUGCUAGCCUUCGAUGAGCAUUUAAAGGAUUUUGCGUAUGCAUCAGGUUAUGUUCCUUCGAAGGAUGAUUUGCAACUACUUAGUUCACUUCAGUCAAUGCCAUCGAGAAAAUUCACAAACAUUUCUCGCUGGUAUCGGAAUAUAAAAAGUUUCAAUGAUGAGGAACGAAAAUUGUGGCAGGAUGUUACAAUCUCAUCGAACGAGAUAAAUGAAGGAGAAGACGGUGAUAUUGAUUUGUUUGGUUCUGAUGAUGAGGAAGAUGACGAAGAGAAAGCACGUAUAACUGCUGCACGGCUUAAGGUUUAUGAAGAAAAAAAGGCAAAAAAACCACCAACGGUUGCCAAGUCUAAUAUUGUUUUUGAUGUAAAACCUUGGGACGACUCUAUCGAAAUAUCGAAUAUUGAGAAGAGUAUACGUUCAAUUGAAGCAGAUGGUUUAGUUUGGGGUGCAUCAAAAGUUUUACCAAUAGCUUAUGGAAUCAAAAAACUGCAAAUUUGUUGCGUGGUGGAGGAUGACAAAGUCUCAUCAUGUAGGCUAGAAGAACAAAUUAUGGCUUUUGAAGAUUUAGUUCAGUCAGUUGAUAUCGUGUCUUUUAAUAAAGUGUAA